AUGACACCCUUCUUGCUUCCACUCCUGCUGCUGCUUGCUCUGCCAUUGCCAUUGGCGAGAAGCCAUGACUACCACGACGCAUUGGCCAAAUCCAUUCUGUUCUUUGAAGGCCAGAGGUCCGGCAAGCUGCCGGCGGACCAGCGCGCCGUGUGGCGCGGCGACUCGGCCUUGUUGGACGGGUCCGAGGUCGGAGUCGACCUCACCGGAGGGUACUACGACGCCGGGGACAACGUCAAGUUCGGCUUCCCCAUGGCCUUCACCACCACGAUGCUGUCGUGGAGCGUCAUCGAGUUCGGCGACUGCAUGCCGGCUGACGAGCUCCGCAACGCCGCGGCGGCCAUCCGAUGGGCCACGGACUACCUCCUCAAGACCGUCUCCCACCCCGGCAUCGUCUUCGUUCAGGUGGGGAACCCUAUAAGCGACCACAACUGCUGGGAGCGGCCGGAGGACAUGGACACGGCGCGGACGGUGUACUACGUGAGCGCGGACCGGCCGGGGUCCGAGGUGGCUGGCGAGACGGCGGCCGCAUUGGCGGCGGCGUCGAUGGUGUUCCGCCAGACCGACUCGGCCUACUCGCGGAAGCUGCUGAAGAAUGCAAUGAGGGUGUUCGACUUCGCCGACACCCACAAGGGUGCUUACAGUGACGACCCCGGGCUCAAAGCUGGGGUGUGCCCCUUCUACUGUGAUUUCGAUGGAUACCAGGAUGAGUUACUGUGGGGAGCAGCAUGGCUCAGAAGGGCCUCAAGAAACGAUUCCUUCCUCAAUUACAUACAAAACAAUGGCAAAACUCUUGGAGCAGAUGACAACAUCAAUGAGUUCGGAUGGGACAACAAGCAUGCCGGCCUCAAUGUCCUCAUCUCCAAGGAGUUCAUGGAAGGACAAGUGCUCUCGCUGGAGUCCUACAAAGAGUUUGCCGACAGCUUUAUGUGCACACUGAUACCGGAGUCUUUCUCCUCACACAUCCAAUACACUCCCGGUGGGCUCAUCUACAAGCCCGGAGGCAGCAACAUGCAGCAUGUGACCUCCAUCUCUUUCCUCCUCCUCGCCUACGCCAAGUACCUCGCCAAGUCUUCACAGACUGUGAACUGUGGCAGCAUCCAGGUUGCGCCAUCGUCUCUUCAGCUUCAAGCCAAGAAGCAGAUUGAUUACGUGCUGGGGGACAAUCCAAUGAACAUGUCGUACAUGGUUGGAUAUGGAGAUCGAUAUCCGCAGCGAGUUCAUCACCGGGGUUCUUCCUUGCCGUCAAUCUCCAGCCAUCCCAGGUUCAUUGCAUGCAAGGACGGCACGGAUUACUACAGGUCUCCGAACCCUAACAUCAACCCUCACGUCGGAGCGGUGGUCGGCGGCCCUUCCGACGACGACGUCUACGAGGAUGACCGUGCGGAUUUCCGCAAAUCAGAGCCUACUACCUAUAUCAACGCUCCGUUGGUUGGCGCUCUGGCCUACUUUGUGGCGAACCCUAAUGCAGGCCUUGUUCUUAGGUAGUGGCAUGCAUGGGGAGUUCCAAGUGUACAUGAAACUGGAGUAACUAAAGAAAGGAAACAAAAGAAAAGAGUGCCAUGGGAUUUGAUUCAUCGCAAACCAAAGAGUUAUAUGCAUUUAGCUCAAAAGUUUUUCCUCGAAUGAUAUGUUCCUUUUUCACAUCAAUUAAGGGUAUUACAGUUCAAGUUGCAACCAUCUUUUACAAGGUUUAGAUAUUAAUAUUCCAACUUUUCAAUCCAUUUGACUUGGACUGUACCACAAUAACAUUGUAAUGUUCAAACUAUUCAAGGUUGCUACAUGAAUCUUUUA